AAUCUGAUUUCAAGUUGGGAAGCUUGAACCCCAAAUCAGUUGUGAUUUAACCCCCCGGAGAAAUGAGGUGCGUUUUGUUCUGUAUUAUUCUGACUCUCUACGUGGGAGUUAGAGGUGAUUCUUUUAAGAGAAAGGCAUUUGUGAGGCAGCCGAAAUGCAUGUACUUGGUGGAUCCGGGACCUUGUCACGGCAAAUUUCAGGUCUAUGGCUUCGAUCCCUUCGCCAACAUUUGCAGCUUAUUCACAUACGGCGGUUGCGGAGGAAAUCCGAAUCGAUUCGGCGAUUAUUCGCACUGCUCGAGGGAUUGUCUUGUGAGGGCGAAGGAAACUGAACCUGACGAUUCGUAUGGUGAGGAAAUCGAGGAAGAGGAAGAGGAGGAGGAGGACGAUUACGAAGAGGAAGACGAAGAUGAAGAUAAAGAUAAAGGAGACGAGAAAGAAAAAGAAAAGGAAGACGAAGACAAAGACAAAGAGGAUCAUACCGACGAAAAGAAGGACGACUCGAAAGAAGUCAUAGAGAAGGAAAAAGAAGGGAACAAAGAAGAAAAAGAAGACGAAGACGAGGAUGAUGACGAUCUCCCAAAAGAAAACACAGACAAUAAAAACGAAAAAGAAAAACAAAAGGAAGAUGAAGACGAAUACAAGGACAAUGGUGAUUAUACCGACGAGAACAAGGACGACUCGAAAGAAGACCAAAGCAAAGUUAGAAAUAAACAAAAGUCAAUAAAAAAAGAAAGACCAAGCCGAAGAUGAUAAUUUUAACAACAAUGACGAAUUUGAUGAUUUUGAUUCUAGUAAAGAACAAAACACAAAAUUAAGAAAUGUUUAUAGUAAACAACUGAAGACAAAUGAUAAAAAUAUGGAAUAU